UGAGUAGCUUUGGAGUGAACAACUCACCUUGUUUAUGAACUUACCCCCAAACGUUCGGAGGGUUUGUUUCUCAGUUUGUUCAAUGUUAAAUAUUUAGUACCCACACGGCUGGUGGUGAUCAUGAUAUUACGAGUAAUCAAUCACGAUGUUUCGAAUUCUCGAAUCGCAGGCACCGGCCAAACAAACGGCAACGGAUACAAUCAACACUCUAAGUAAUAGGCUGCAGAGCGCGACGCUACUGGAAGACCGACGGGCGGCAAUUCAAGGCCUUAGAAGUUUUGCAAAAAUCUACCCUGCCUCUGUUGCAUCAGGUGCCUUACGACCAUUGAUCAACUGUCUCAGAAAUGAUCGAGAGGAUGUGGACACAAUCAAGGUGGUCUUGGAGUCCCUGUUGAUGUUAUUUUCCCCCGAUGAGACCUGAGGCGUCCGAUGAAAUAGCUCUCUGGCUAUCCGAUGAGUUUACUCAGCGACAAGAUAAUAUAACAGCUCUCCUUGAUCUUCUUGACACUCGCGACUUCUACUCCCGGCUGUAUUCUUUGCAAUUGAUAUUCCAAAUCUCUAGUGCGCGACCCGAGAGGACGCAGGAGUGUAUCCUAACAGCCCCAUUGGGCAUUCCGAGGCUAGUUAGUGCUCUGAGCGAUGCCCGGGAGCCAGUACGCAAUGAAGCCCUACUGCUCCUUAUUGCUCUAACACCUACGUCGGAAGAAUUGCAAAAACUCGUAGCCUUCGAAAAUGCGUUUGACCUCAUAUUUUCCCUAAUAGAAAAAGAAGGCGCUUUGUCACAUGGGUCCGAAGUUGCGGAAGACUGCCUCUCUUUGCUCGCAAACCUUUUGAGGCUCAAUAUUUCCAACCAGUCCUAUUUUCGGGAGACGGGAUGUGUCAAGCAAUUGGCAAAGCUCCUUGCUGAUGUCAACCAUGAGCAGGAGUCCGAUGAACCCACCCCGCAGUGGACCCUUGCUCAACGCGAUAAGAACAUCUGGGGUUUACUGGUCAUCAUCCAGCUAUUCCUAGCUCGGGGUGGGGUCAACACUCCUGCUAACCAAAUGGCCUUCUGGCAUAGUGGCGUCAUGGAGCAGGUUUUAAGCACAGCCUUUAGUCAGAGGUUCAGUGUUAAUGUCACAUCCAAGGUUUGUUUAUAAAUAGCGUCGCCCUAGUCUCGCUGGAUGGUACUGACUCAUCUAGGCCCUGGCAACAUGUGCUGAUUUGAUUCGUGGAAACCGGCCAUUACAGGAAAGGUUUGGGGAUGUUGAGGUCUUCUGGGGUACACAGCCUACAGAAAACAUCUCUAAUGGAGAACUAGCGAACAAGGGACUUCAACGAAUUAAUGUGAUCGAAGCAUUGCUGAAACUAAGC